AUGGACGACCGGUUCUCCUUUUUGCGGCAAGAAGCGCCGUCCAGCGCCCGUCCGGUCAACUGCUCUUUCCACCACCGAGUCAAGGGCUCGGAGGGUGAGGUGGCGCUGCAGUAUUGGCCGCCUGCGAGGGGGUCAAGGCGGCCUCCAGAGCAUAUUAUUGUCUUCAUACUUGGCAAUCCCGGUCUGCUAAACUACUACCACCCCUUCCUCUCUCACCUGCACUACCUCCUUCCUCCAUCCCACGCUAUCCUCUCCACCUCUCAUAUCGGUCACUCCCCGCAUAUCCCCGCCCCGAUCCUUCCGCUGAGUCUGCACGAGCAGCUCGAAGCCAAGGUGGAGCUCUUGUCGUCACUACGGCGCUAUACCGCCGGCUGGGCAGAGGAGGGAUAUCGCCCGACCCCACGUAGCCGGUUCGAGCGGGUCGAUAGGCCUCGUAUCUCACUGAUGGGCCAUUCAGUCGGGUCGUGGUUUCUCCUCGAAAUGAUGAAGAGGCUAGGGGAUGAGGUGGAGGCGGGGUACAUGCUUUUCCCGACGUUGGGGUGGAUCGCGGACUCAUGGAAUGGCCGGAAGCUCUGGCCAAUAUUCCACCGCCCCCUCCGCCCUCUCCUGCCCUACAUAACCUACCUAGUCCGCCCGAUCCUCCCCCUCCUCACCCACCUCCCAGCUACAACCCUCUCCCUCCUCCGUUCCCCAACGACAGUCGAGCACGUCCUCCAUCUCUCCCGGUCCGAGAUGGACCAUAUCCUCUCCCCCGACCUGGCGUCGAUCCGGGCAUUAUCGAGUACGAAGAUGGGCGAAGGGCGGGGAUUGUUUGGGAUUUGGGCAGGAGGGAAUUUGGACGGGUGGGUAGGGAGGGAAGGGGAGAUGGUGCAGAGCGUUAUGGGUGGGGAGGGCGUGGACGGGGGUGCUGGGGGAAGAGUGGUCGUGGUUGAUGGUAUCCCGCACGCUUUCUGCUUGUCUCGAACACACUCACACUACAUCGCCGAGCUCGUAGCGGCCUGGAUCGACCCCAGCCUAGCCAACGCCGGCGGCUCCGAAUCCGACGCUUCCGACAUAAUCUCCGUCUUGCCCAUGUAG